AUGUCGUCGCGUUCUCGGCGCGCAUUGGCGCCCGAUUCCAGCGCUUCUUCGUCCCGUUCCGGCUGCUUCCUGCCGUUUAUCUUCUUCCUGGGUGUAUUGAUCACAUGCUUCGGCUUCAUAUUGAACGAAUGGGAGCCCGUGGACCGCAGUAACAUCGGUAGUGUUAAGGCUGAAGACUUCCUCUCCUACGGACCCAUCGACGUCGUGUAUACGUGGGUGAAUGGCACCGAUCCGCGCUGGAAGCAGGAGAAGGAGUUCUGGCACAAACACUGGAUCGCUUCAUUGACCGGCCAGCCGCUGCCUGUGUGGGGCCAGGAGGCCGAGGUUAAAGGCAAAGACGACUCGAACUCGGACAAUCGCUUUCGAGACAACGAAGAGCUCCGCUAUUCUCUCCGUUCAUUGGAGAAAUAUGCACCUUGGGUCCGUCACAUCUACGUGGUUACAGACGGCCAGAUCCCUUCGUGGCUCGACAUUGAGUCCCCCAAGAUCAGCAUCGUCAAACACCGCGACAUCUUCGCCAAUAAGAGCCACUUGCCGGUGUUUUCUUCGCCUGCUAUUGAGUGGAAUCUGGAUAACAUCCCUGGACUCAGUGACAUGUUCCUAUAA